AUGGAUCGAGUGGAAGACAUAUCUUCCAAAGUUGCUUCUUUAGGGGUGGAUUCAGUAAAAAAUGCAUCGAAGCAGGUAGUGGAUAUACCUAAGCAUCACCACCACUCUGAUGAAGAUGCCAAUGCUGAACGAUUGCCUGCAUCAUCAUCUUCGAAUGGGGAUGCUGUUCCUGUUGAAUACAACAACGGUAUUGCUAAUAACGAAGAUCCUGGGAAACAGAUGAAUUACGAAGAACCACUGGAAAGCGACAAGCUUCGAUCAAAUGACAACUAUGGUGCUCAAAUGGUCCAUUCACCGGAUCCCUCCGCAACUCCUAGUCGGAUUGGUUCUGUUGAUGCUAUUGCACCCAAUUCGUCAGCAACAGGUCAACAACACAAUACAACUUCGAAGCCUCCGAUAUCCCAAAAUAAAACCAAAGAGCCAACCGCCAUGCCUCCCCCGACGAAACCCUCUCGCACACCUACAUCUUUUAUGUUGGGUGCUCCUCCUCAUUCCAAACCCCAGACAAGCGCUGCCCAUUCUCCAAUCGUUACUCCCGCUUCCUCUGCAUCUGUCUCUCGGGCUAAUUCUUCUUCCAACACCCCCCAUAAGCCCACACCAACAGCUGCACCAAAUCCAAAUGGUGCUACCAACAAUAAUGGACCCGUUCCUGCCCCGACUCCUAUUUCCACCACUGCGACUCCUUCUAAAAAUCCAGUUUCUAGAUUACAACGCAUUUUUUCGCAAUCGUCUGUUAAUCGCCAGAACAAUAAAAACAAACCUUCGGCGAACACUAAUACUGAAGAAACAAACAGCACAAAUGGUAGCGAAACUGGAGCCUCCGGUGUCCCGAACAGCUCUUCCAGUGCGAACCAAAAUGCAAAGCUAUCUCGAUUUACUGUUUAUGAUGACGGUAGCCAUACCCAUCAGCUUCGUCCUGCUAAGCGCCAGGAAAAGCUAGGUAAGAUGUUAAAGGACUUCCUUGCCGGAAGCAGUAAAAAACGCGAAGAGGAGCGUGCCGCAAAAGAGGCUGCAGCUGACUCUCAGCAUCAGCUCAGUUUGGUUCAAUCUUGGAUAAAUGGAUACGGUCAGGAGAAACUUGCUGACAAAAAUUUUGGCAAAGUGUCUGCUAGCUUUGUAGAAAAGUAUGGACGCUGUCAGGAAGUUAUUGGUCGAGGCGCCUUUGGCGUUGUACGGAUAUCUCACAAAGUUGAUCCACAGAAUUCUAGGUCGGAAUUGCUUUAUGCGGUGAAGGAAUUUAGACGUAAACCGACAGAAUCACAGAAAAAAUAUACAAAACGUCUUACUUCGGAAUUUUGUAUAUCUUCGUCUUUGCGCCAUCCCAAUGUCAUUCAUACAUUGGAUUUGAUUCAGGACAACAAAGGUGACUAUUGUGAAGUUAUGGAACUUUGUUCUGGCGGUGAUUUGUAUACUUUAAUUAUGGCUGCUGGACGGCUUGAGCCUAUGGAAGCUGACUGCUUUUUCAAACAGCUCAUGCGAGGUGUUGAUUAUCUGCAUGAUAUGGGUGUUGCUCAUCGAGACCUAAAGCCAGAAAAUUUAUUGCUCACUAUUAACGGCAGUAUAAAAAUAACUGAUUUUGGUAAUGGUGAGUGUUUCCGAAUGGCUUGGGAAAAAGAAGCACACAUGACCUGUGGCCUCUGUGGUUCUGCUCCUUAUAUUGCGCCCGAGGAAUAUACUGAGAAUGAGUUUGACCCUCGUGCUGUAGACGUGUGGGCUUGUGGUGUUAUUUAUAUGGCCAUGCGCACCGGUAGACACUUAUGGCGAGUUGCAAAGAAAAGUGAAGAUGAAUUUUAUGCAAAGUAUUUGAUGGAUCGAAAGGAUGAGAGUGGAUACGAGCCGAUUGAAAUGUUAGAACGGUCGCGGUGUCGAAACACUCUAUAUAAUAUUCUCCAUCCUAAUCCUAGCUAUCGUUUGACCGCGAAACAAAUUAUGAAAAGUGAAUGGGUUCGAUCCAUUAAGUUAUGUGAAUAUGGUAGUGCUGGAUUAUAA